GCUUAGUUGCAUUGCCGAGCGACCGCCUCCUAGUGCUCCUCCACCACCGUCCUUUGCCGGUGAUCACCGUGCUACCGCAUCCACCCGUGGACAUUUGCACAUGGCGCACGUUACCUGUGGAAGAGAUAUACGUCAAGAUUUACUUGCAUUGUAUGCGUCCUGUAUCACGACACACUUUCUAGGUAUCUUCUUUCCUUUCCUGGUCUGCCUGCUUGCUCGACAUCUGUUGCUACCUACUGUGGUCGUAGCCGUCUCGUUGCUCAACACGCUGCGGAUUGAAUAGCUGGAACGAAUCCUAUCAUGGAGAAGCAUAUCGAACUGCAGAGGUUUAACCAUGAACUUCUGCAGCCGAGGGGCCGGGGCUCCAUUUCGGAAGGGAGAGGCCAACAGUUCGAUCACGACAGAUAUGAACUGGCGAAAGUGGGAAAGAAGCAGGUGUUGAAGCGCCGCUUCGGACUGGUGUCGAUGACAGGUCUCUCUUGUGGGCUGAUGUGUACUUGGGAGACUUUACUUGUUAUCUUUUCGAUAGGCUUCCUCAACGGUGGGCCUGCCGGUCUCAUCUACGGCUUUAUACUGAUAUGGCUGGGCAACUUCUCCGUCUUCGUCUGCAUCGGUGAACUUGCAAGCGCCGUCCCGUCUGCUGGUGGCCAGUAUCACUGGGUCUCUUUACUGGCGCCACGAUCAAACAGGAAGUUCUUUAGUUACGUUACCGGUUGGCUCACUGUCAUCGGCUGGAUAGCAGCUCUUACCUCCGUAUGUUACUUUGUAGCCGAUUUGAUCCUGCAGCUUGUCAGUCUGAACGAUCUCAACAACACAUAUGUCCGCGAAGGUUGGCACGGCACACUUCUCCUCUGGGGUAUACUGCUCUUGUGUGUCUUCAUCAACGUCUUUAUAAGCGGAGCGCUUCCCACGAUCGAAGUUGUCGUCCUCAUUGCUCAUAUCCUUGGCUUCUUCGGCAUUCUGGUGCCUUUGGUAUACCUUCCACCGAGCCACAAUUCGGCCAAGAAGAUCUUCACAAUGUUUCAUAAUGAAGGAGAAUGGAGCACGCAGACUCUGGCCUUCUUUGUAGGACUACAAGGCAAUGCUUUGGCAUUUGUCGGAACAGACUCAGUCGUUCAUAUGUCUGAAGAGGUCAAAAACGCCAGCACCGACGUUCCACGUUCAAUGCUUCUCAGUCUCGUCAUCAACGGCACAUUGGCACUAGGAAUGCUAUUCGCCGUUCUCUUCAGCGCCCAUGAUAUCACAGGCUUACUUAACGACCAAGAAGCGACAACCGCACCCUUCCUCCGCAUCUUUAAGAAUGCCGUUGGUUCCGAGGCCGGUGCUACAGUCAUGGUCGCAAUCAUCGUCCUACUCGAAUUCUGCAGUGCUAUGGGAUGCCUUGCAGCUGCGUCUCGUAUGACGUGGUCCUUUGCCCGAGACCGCGGUCUCCCUUUUUCUCGCGCUCUCAGUAUGAUCGACAAACGCAGCACCAUUCCCGUCGUGUCCAUCCUCGUCGUAACCGUCUUCGCCGCCCUCCUCGCCCUCAUCAACAUCGGCAACAGCGCCGCCUUCAACGGCACAAUCUCCCUCGUCCUAGAAGGUUUCUACCUCUCCUACCUCCUCGCCAUCGGUCUCCUCCUCUGGCGCCGCGUCCGCGGUGACCUCGACAACCCGGACUCUUCGCUUCACAUCUUCAACGAAGCGCAAGUGGACGAAGCGUACGAUCGCAGUCUGACCUGGGGCCCGUGGCGUCUCAAGGGCGCGUGGGGCAUUGCGAAUAAUGUUGUUGCCAUCUGCUAUCUUACUCUUAUCAUCUUCUUUAGCUUCUGGCCUAGUCAGCCCAGACCUGAUCUUGUGCAUAUGAAUUGGGCGGGUGUGGUGACGGGGUCGGUGGCGGCGUUUAGUAUAGCGUACUAUUUGUUGUUUGCGAAGAAGUCGUAUACUGGGCCUAUUGUGGAGGUAGAUCCUCACGUGUUGUGAGGGAUUCGGAGUGAGGCUAUGUGGCACCUCUGGGAUCUAUCUGCAGUGGGACAACGUACCAGAGCAAGGCUUUUGAGAGUUGCUGAUGUGUAGUAUAUGCUAGAUGAGGAGUUCCUGGACAUAGAGGCUUACAGUUGAGGCUCAACAAAAGCACGGUGUAUAUAGACUGGACAUAUGCAAAAAAU